AUGAACUGGAAUUUACAACAACUUGACAUCAAUAAUGCCUUUUUACAUGGCUAUAUUGAUGAAAAGCUUUACAUGCAACCUCCACCUGGAUGUUCUAAGGCUUUACCAGGUCAAGUAUGCAAGUUAAAGCGUUCCCUAUAUGGUCUUAGACAUGCCGUUGCUUAUGUGGAUGAUCUCCUGGUUACUGGCAACAAUUUGCAGCUUAUUCUUGAAGUAAAACAAGCUCUACACAAGGCCUAUACUAUUAAAGAUCUUGGUGACCUCAAAUAUUUCCUUGGUAUUGAGGUCACUAGAUCUAAUUCUGGAAUCUUACUUAAUCAUAGAAAGUAUAUUCUGGAUUUACUUAGCUCUACAAAGAUGGAAAAUUGUAAAGUUGCUCCCUUCCCAUUCCCCAAGGGUCUCAAGCUAAGUACUAUUGAAGGUCCUGCCUUAGUUGAUUUUGAAAUAUAUAGAAGAGUUGUGGGGAAACUUUUAUAUUUGAACAUGACAAGACCAGAUAUAUCCUAUGAUGUUCAACAGCUAAGUCAAUUUCUAUCUGAACCUAGAACUCCACAUUAUGUUGUUGCUCUUCAUGUUCUUAAGUAUCUCAAAGGUACUCUUAAUCAUGGUUUGUUUUAUGCUUCAAAUAAUUCUCUUCUCCUUAGAGCAUACAAUGAUGCAGAUUGGGGUACACGUGCCUAUACUGGAAGAUCCCUCACUAGUUAUUGUGUUUUUCUUGGAGAUUCAUUAAUCUCUUGGAAAACUAAGAAACAAAAAGUUGUUUCAAAGAGUUCCACAGAAGCUGAAUAUAGAUCUAUGAGUCAGACAACAAGUGAGAUAGUAUGGAUUGAAGUCUUACUUCAAGACUUAUUGGUUUAUGUCCCUACUCCUAUCACUUUGUUUUGUACAACAAGUCAGCUCAAUACGUAG